AUGUGAGCCGGUCCAGCUGCGUGCAGUUUCUGUCACGGCGUUGUUCAAACUGAAAUAUAAACGUCAUGUCGCUGAAUAUUUUUGUGUAACAAACCCUCACAAUAUUCGAAAUGUAUAGCGGAUUACUGCCAAGGGGUUUGACUGAGUGCGACCUCAGUUCAGAUGACGAAGAGGAGGAAAAGGAAGGCGAGGAGUCUUCGGUAGUAAUACGUGACUCAAAACAGCAUAUGGAUGCUGAUGCAGACAGUAAAGCACCGACAUGCAGCCUCCCUGGUGUAUCACAAGAGCACUGGCAAAAAUUCUGUGAAUUGCGGAAGAAGAAAGACGAAGCAAACAAGGCUGUUACUUCUGUCCAAAGAAGAAGAAAACGAAGACGACACAACAAAGGAGACGGUAAUACGGAUAGUUUAACAGGACCAGAGAAGGAGGAAUCAGCAGAGGCAAGACAACAUCAGGAUGAGCAGCAGAAGCACUGGAAUGGUCUGAAACAGUAUUUCGGUGUAAAUGAUCGAUUUCACCCCCCUGUGUGCUCCAACCCGCCUCCGAAGUCCGGCCUAGAAAGGAGCAUAGAGAGGGCCAUCGCUGAAGGCGACAUUGCAAAGGCGGAGGAGAUGAGCGACAGACUCGCCACUCGAGAGCUGGCCGUGAAAAUCGCAGAAGCUGCUGAUUGUCGGGACUUUGUGAAACAUAAACAGACAGAAGAAGCGUUACGGAACACGAAGAAGAGGAAGAAACAAAUAGCGUGGGGGUUUGAGGCCAAACAGCGCUGGGAAACCAAAAGCAACAUGGGAUUUAUGUGACCAUCGUAUGACCAGGAGGAUUUGAGUUUUACAGCUUUAAUUUCUCUCCUUUUGUUCAUGUUUUGAAGAGUUAACACCAGCAGAGACAGUUCGGGGUGCGGGGGUCAUGCAGUUGGCUACAGGAAAAGGAAAAAAAUCAAUCCAGCGAGAAAAAACGGCGGAGCAUUCAAAUUAAUUCCUCAGGCGGCCAUUGUGUUAUUUUUCAUUACAUUUCAGUGAUUCCAGCGCUCUGGCCUUUCUUCCCCUCCAAAUUAAAUCUGGUGUACAUUACUGGAUGAUGCGUUUAUUUAUUGCUGUAAAGUGGGUUAAUCACGGAGGCGCUCUUUUAUUCUCCCCAGCAAGAGAAAGGAAAGAUUAGGCCUCUAAUGCAAUGUACAGGAUAAUGUGCGAUAGGAUUUGCGAGGAGAAAAUGAAAUUUGGCUGCAGUAAAGUGUUGUGAUGAGUCGUAAACUGGAAGUCAGGCGAGCGCGAGAGAAGAGGGGCUUUGCUGCUGGCCCUCGCCCAUGCUGGGAGACUUGCUAUUGUUUCCGUGCUCGAACAACAGCCGAUGUUCCUUCAAGCCUCCACUCAUUGUAUGACGAUUUGUCUUCUGUCAACUCCAAAUUCUCCUGCCGCUCCUUUGAUCUUCUCUUUAAUCUUCACUAUUUGUUUCGGGGAGCCGCUCGUUCGUAUUCCACGAAGUAUUCAUGACGCGUGACUGUGGUUACUUUCCAGAAAAGCGUUGCAGUGCUCUUUAGCAAACCUUGUUUAGUUGUUUAUAUACGCAAACACUGUCAAUAACAAUAAACGUCCACCAAACUC